AUACAUGUAUUGUUUUACAAUGUAGGAUACUACCCAGUAUAUCUGUAAGUGAUGUAAGUGGAGAACAGCCUGAACAGGCUUAAAGAUGUCAGAAAAACUAUCCAGUGCUGUGAGUCAAUCUUGAUAGUAAUGCAGAUAUUGCCUAUAAAGUCACUCUCUUGUAAAAUGGUUAGCAAAAGGUCUGCAUUAUCAUUGGAAAGUUUCCUAAGGGACCAUUUUUUAACAGGUUCACCUGUUAUAAUCAAAGAUUCAAUGGAUCACUGGCCAGCAAAAAGCAAGUGGAGCGAUUUGAGCUACUUACGUAGCAUUGCCGGAUUUCGUACUGUUCCAGUUGAGGUAGGAAAGAACUAUUUGUGCUCAGAUUGGAAACAAGAGCUGAUCACAUUCUCUGAGUUUCUAGAGAGGAUUCAGAGCAAUGGUUAUGCUUUCGCUGAAACUACAUACCUAGCUCAGCACCAGUUAUUUGAUCAGAUCCAAGAGCUAAAGCAGGACAUUCUUAUCCCUGAUUACUGUUUUGCUGGAGGUGGGGAAAUCAGAUCGCUUAAUGCUUGGUUUGGCCCGGCUGGUACAGUGACACCGUUGCAUCAUGACCCUCAUCAUAAUAUACUUGCUCAGGUGGUUGGCAAAAAGUAUAUUAGGCUUUACCCUGCCACACUCUCAGAAGAGCUUUACCCACACACCGAGAAAAUGCUAUGCAAUUCCAGCCAGGUGGAUCUCGACAACAUGGAUGAAAGACAAUUCCCAAAGAUGGCAGAGCUCGAGUUCCAAGAUUGCAUCUUAGAGGAAGGGGAGAUGCUAUACAUACCCCCGAGAUGGUGGCACUACGUUCGCUCUCUCACCACAAGCUUCUCGGUCAGUUUUUGGUGGAGCAAUACCGACAACGGUUCAUGAGGUUCACACUUAUUCUUCUUCUCAAUUCUUUUGUGUCAUAACUUAUAGCUCUUCUUUUGUGCAACACAAAACAAGUUAAUGUGGGAUUUCAAUUGUACCAUCAUCCCUCUUGCAAUUCUUCCCUUUGGUUCUUCCUUUUCUUCUUCUUGAUUGGAAACAUGGGAAUUAUGGCUAAAAUCUAAUUUG